CCUCCCCCACCCCCCCUUAUCCUGCCUCCUCUCCAGGGAGACGAGCGCGCGCACACACGCCCCGUGGCAGGCAGGGUCUCAGGGCUGCUGCGGGCAGUGAUGGGAGAAGGCGGGGACGGGGACUCCAGCGCCCUGGGCUCUGAGCAGCUCCGGCUGGAGCUGGGGCAGGAGAAGCAGAUGAAGGAAAUGCUUGAACUCUCAAUAUUUGAAUUGAGAAACACGAUAGCAGAACUUGAAAAAAGAUUUAGCAGUGUUGAGGAUGAAGGUAAUGAAUGGAAAACCAGAUAUGAGACACAAGUAGAAUUGAACAGACAACUAGAAAGGCAAACUGGUCUUCUUCAAGAAAAGAUGGAACAUAUUCGUGGAAAUCCAACAGAUAGAUUGUCUUCUAUUCGCUCCUUUGAUCAAAUGCCUGUGGGUUCCUUAAACCAGCUUCUUAAACAACUAGAAGAGGAAAAGAGAAGUCUCCAGAACCAACUAAAGGAUUAUGAGCUUAGACUGGAACAAGAAGCAAAGGCUUACCAUAAGGCUAAUGAUGAACGGCGCAUGUAUCUAGCAGAGAUCUCACAGACAUCAGCUACACUUAGAAUUGCUGAGAGGCAGAAGACAGAUGCAGUACGGAUCAAGAAGGAAAACCAGAUACUGAGAAGAAGACAUAAUGUUCCAGAAAAUCAAAGGAUUCUGGAUCCAAAAAAAGGACCAAUUAAAAAGACUGCAGGAGUGAAACAACUUCCAAAAUUAAAGCACUGACUUAAUAUUCUUAACAAGAACUUCCAAUCACUUUUAUUCUUGUUUCUGUAUAUUUAGCUAAAUGUUUCUGAAGAAAAAUGUGUGUACCACAUUGAUUUAGGACACAUUCCAAUAACAAUAGCUACUAAUGAAGAUCUGUGUGACUCCUGGCAGCUUCAGAGGCUCCCUAUUCUGAGGGAAAAGUAGCCCUCUGUAAUCCUGUGAAAUAGUUCAUUGGGCAGUUCCUGGGUGCCCUCUUAAUGCUGGCGAAGUCUGACCCUUCCCGGCCUGAUUGUCAGAUGUAAAAACUGAAUCAAGGAAUCAAGUUGGGUCAUUCAGGGAAUCACUUAAAUGCCUUAUGCUAGGCAGGUUCUUCCCCACUUUGACUCCACAGCCAGUCAUUGAAAAAAAUUUAAAGGGUCUGUGUUUAGAGCUCAGUGAGGGAGGAGAAGAAGAGAGGAGUGAUGUGACCUGAAGAGUAACCCUACUACCUAUACCAGAAGAAAAGGGGAAUACUCCAUUAGAAAUAGACACUUAGCACACAAGCUACUGGGGAACCUCCCUUGAUUACUAGAGGACGGGAAAACAGAUGGUUCUUUCUAGAAAGACAACCACAAUUUUCAGAUUCCAAGGCUAGAAGGGACCACUGUGAUCAUCUAGUUUGACCUGUAUACCACAGGCCCGAGAACUUCCUCAGAAUAAUUCCUACAGCAAAGCAUCCAAUCUUGAUUUAAAAAUUGCUGGCGAGGGAGAAUCCUCGAUAACUCUUGGUAACUAGUUCCAAUAGCUAAUUACUCUGUGUUAAAAAUGUAUGCCUUAUUUCCUGUCUGAGAUACUGCCUCCCCUUUGGCUGAUUGGCUCUCAGCUUGCAAACAAUCAGGUUCUGGUCAGGUUCCCAGCAGUGGGCUGGGGACAGGGCACACCUAUGGCAUUCGGGAAGCAGAGCUGGGUGGCGUAACAGUGGAGUCUCUUCCCUGCUGGCAUGACAGAGAGGCAGCCAAGCCAAACAUGACUGAUUCUGUGACCUGGCACAUGGGGUUGCAAGACCACUCAAAUUUUGCCUGCCCACUCCUUUGUCACACCAGCAGGGAAGGGGCUCCACUGUUACGCCACCUACCUCUGGUCAAAGGCUAAGCCAGGGGGCCUGGGGCUUUGUUGCACCCCUGGUUUCUUAACUCUCAGGUAUCCCUUUAAAAAAAGCUCUGCCUGCUAGAAGCCAAGCUUGGAGUCAGUCUCAUCCUCCCAGGGCUAUGCAGCACAGUUCCUUCUACCCUUAGGGCUGUCUAUGUUCCAUGAACUGCCUGGCUUUGGCAAGGAAGACAGAGCAAUUCUAGGACUGGCCUGUAAAUGGCCAUGCUAAAAGGGAUGGCUUCUGCACAGCUGGUAUCCACAGCCUUCAGUAGUUUGCAUGGCUUGGAAUUCCACUGCUAUUUUCAGCUGGGUAGGGCCCACUGUGUAAACCAAAGUUUGAAUGUUUUGCGAAUGUCCCCAAACAAAUAUUGUUAUGUAAAGAUUCUUCAGAGUGUACCUAUUGUGAAUGAAGGGUUCUAUCUUAAAAUCCUAUGUAUAUUUCUUGUUUGCUGGUGUAUGUGUUUUAGUAUAUGAUAUCUAAACUUACAAACUUAUGUUUCCCUCUAAGGCCCCGAUCCUGCAAAGACUUCCAGUGUGCUUCAGUAGGACUGCUCCCAUGUAUCAUUGCAGAUUUGGGGGCUGAGUAGUACCAUCCUUUUAAAGUCUGCCCUGUAAAUCACCACUGAGGGAUUAUUUGAAGUAUUUUGAAUUAUAUCUUCAAUCUUAAGCAUGCGAUUGUUGCAGUUUCUUUGCCAACAAUAUUUCAGUAAUUGAACUUUGGCAGGCCCUUUUUCUUUCUUUCUUUCUUUCUUUUUUUUAACUGCAGAACAGCAAAGAGAAUGUUUUGGUAUUUAAAAGUCAGCCUUCUAGGUUAGAUUUAAAAAGCACUCUUCAGAAUACAUCUGAUUGAUGGACUCUUUUUAUUUUAAGAGCUUCUGUAGCUCUUCACGGUAUUCAUUAAAGCUUUUUGUCUCUUUAAGAGCAGUGCUAAUAGCAUCGUUUCUUAUCACUGGCAGCAUUAAAGUGAGGCUACAAUUAAACUCAUAGAGAGAGAACAUGAUGUCAUUACAGUUCUUGUUUUCUUGCAUUUUAGCAAUGAUAUACAGCAUAUUCAUUAUGGAAACACCAUUUCCUCAUCUAGAUGGAGAUUUAUAAGAUAUUUAUGCUGUUUCUAUGGUACAGCUGGUAUGGUUCUUUAACAAGCAGACUGCUCUGUCUGACCCUUUUAGCCCCAACAACUGUCAAAAGCCUAGCACCAAUGAUUAGGUUAACAUCAUUCUGUUCUAGUUUUUCCAUAUGGAAAGUUUUCAGAUUCUGAUUGUUCUGGCAUUUGUCAUUAGUGAGAGGUUGGGUGGGGAGGAGAGGGAGAGUAACAUAAUGCUCCCAUUAGCAUAAAAGUUAAAGAACAUCUGCUAAUAGUGGAGGUGAUCCCAUUUUUGGAUACAGAGGGGCAUACUCUUUUGUCUGUAUCAGGUGGGUGUCAGCAUAGUCAGCUGUGAUCAUUUUAAUAGACUUGAAGGAACUAGAACCUUGCACACUGAUACAGGCAGAACAGCUGCUAGUGAUGACUCAGACUUUCAUAGCACAGAUUUUUUCCACAGGUACCAUGUGACUGGUCCUUACUGAGGACAUACAUUUGAAGUUUUAAAUGUUAACCAUUUAUUUAGUUUUCUGCUUGUUCUGAUGAUGUGGAAGAGUAGCAGAGUAGAACACUGUGUCAACCAGCCAGGGGAGGCAAAGGCUAAAAACAGAAACAAAAUCUAACAUUUAAAUCUAACAUAGCAGUUUUCAAGUAUAAAAGGUUGUUACAAGGAG